GGCAGAGCUGUCCAAGGUCGUUGCCUUCAGAGGUGUAGCUCACAGUGACCUGGAACUCAUAUAUAUAAUGAUGCAAAAAAUCUCUCUGUUGGAAGAAAAAGUAGAUAAACAAGCACAAGAAAUUGAGCUGAAGGACAGGAGGGUUGCUGAACUUGAGGAGAAGUUGAAGACUUUUCAGCAAGGAGAAGGUGCUUCUAACUCAUCCACCAUAGAAGAACUGGAAAUGAGGUGCCUUCAGCUGCAGACUCAGGUCUGGGAGAUGGAGCAGUUUCUGAAUGACUAUGACCUGAUUUGGGUUGGAGGGAGACAGGAGCAUCUGCAAGAUACAGAAUCACUGAGAAAGGAAGAGGAGCUACCAGCAAGGAGCCUCUGGAACCCAGGUGAUGCUGCUGUUUCCAAACAGCAAAUUGAUUUCGAUUUGAUCUUGAAGAAUAUUAAGUAUUUGAACAUUCUGGCUGGAGAAGGCAUUUUUCAAGUGGAGCACACACCUAGGGGGGCUCGGCUGAGACAGGCAGAGCCUCUCCCUCUCACCCUGUACCAGAACGGCCUCGUCCUGCGCCACGGAGCCUUUCGGCCCUACGAGGACACAGCCACACAGCAAUGCCUGCAGGACAUUAUGGAUGGCUAUUUCCCUUCAGAGCUGCAGCUGCACUACCCUGAUGGCAUCCCUUUGCAAGUCACUGACAGAAGGAACGUGGUAUUUCAGGAGAGACACCUUCCAGGGACCUUCCCUGGCCGUGGCCAAAUGGUUGGAUAUUCAGAAUCCAACAAGGUGCAGGAAACCUCUGAGAUCCCAGAUCCCAAAGACUCCUUGGAGCAGUUUCCCAACAAGCUUUCCAAGCCCUUGAAAGACAGAGGACGAGGGCUGAGUGCCCUAGGCUCAGCCAGAGCAAUGCAGCAGGGCUCUGAUGAGGCACAGAGAAGUGAAGAGAUCCUGGUGGAGACACCCAAGCUGGAGAGGGUGAAGAUGACUGCAGGGGCUGAAGCUCCUGCCCCUGGUGUCUGCACUCUGCGCAUCAAAUCCGAGAGUGGGGACCAGACAUAUGUUGUCAAGAUGCUGUUCAGAGACACCAUUGGGGACCUGCGCCAACACCUCACCCACAUCAGGGGUGGAGACUCCGACUCAUAUGAGAUCAUCAGUACCUUUCCCCAGAGGGUGUACACAGACAACUCCAGGAGCCUGCAGGAAUGUGGAUUGACCCCCAAUGCUUCCUUGCUGCUGAGGAGAAAGGCUCCCUCCCAACAAGAGGGGAUGGGGCUGCAAAGAGCAUAA